GGUUGGCCGGAAGGCGGAAGUGCAGAGAAUUCCGGCGGCGUGAGCAUCGUGCGUUAUAUGAAUUCCUGGGUUUUCGCAGGUAAAAUAUGGCUAAAAGUUUACGGAGUAAGUGGAAAAGGAAGAUGCGUGCUGAAAAGAGAAAAAAGAACGCCCCAAAGGAGCUCAGCAGACUUAAAAAUAUUCUUAAAAUAGAUGGUGAUGUUUUAAUGAAAGACGUUCAAGAGAUAGCAACUGUGGUAGAACCCAAACAUUGUCAAGAGAAAACGCAGUGUGUGGUGAAGGAUGAAACAGAUGACAUGAAAAUGGAGACUGAUAUUAAGAGAAACAAAAAGACUCUUCUAGACCAGCAUGGGCAGUACCCCAUAUGGAUGAACCAGAGGCAAAGGAAAAGGCUGAAAGCAAAGCGAGAGAAAAAGAAGGGAAAAAGCAAAGUAAAAGCCAUGAAGGCAGCAAAGGGUUUGACCUGGUAGACUCUAAAAACUUGAAAAAUGCAACAUGGGACAGGUCUUUGAUUAGAAUGUAUACAUGGAUUUCAGCUUCCACCAAAUGAAAAGUUUAUUUCCAUUUUUCAACUUGGCCUUUUUCUUCAAGCCCAACAUAA